AGCUGCUGUUACAUCUACACUUUGCUUAAAACAACCCUCAUCAGAUUUAGCUUCAUCUUUGCGCGCAGUCGGUGCCAACUAAAGUGGGACAGUUUUUGCCGUUUGGGAACAGGAGAAAUUGGCCCAGAGUAUAUUCCAUAGAAACCAACGGUGAAUUUAUAGGGGAGCAUGAACGGAAAGAAUGGCGCGUACAAAGUCACCGUACCAAGCAUAUACCCAGAGAAACCCAAAGAGCUGGAGGAACGGGGACACUGGGGGACCAAAGCCGAGUUCAUCCUGACUGUCAUGGGCGCCGUCAUCGGACCCGGGAAUAUAUGGAGGUUCCCCUACUUGUGCUACAGGAACGGCGGAGGUGUGUUCUUCAUCCCAUACACCUUGUUUAUGUUGACAUGUGGGAUCCCGCUGUUCUUCCUUGAGACUGCUUUAGGACAAUACACCAGCCAGGGAGGAAUCACAUGCUGGAGGAAGAUUUGUCCGCUUUUCCAAGGCAUGGGCUAUGCCAGUCACUUAAUCAUCGCAUUCAGUGCAACCUCCUAUGUCACCAUCAUGGCAUGGGCGUUCUUUUACUUGUUCUCAUCCUUCAGUAAAGAUUUGCCUUGGGCCUCAUGUGGACACUACUGGAACACAGACUCAUGCUUGGACCUCAACCAUCCAAAUCUGAGCCUCAGCAUGACAUCCAGACUGAACACCACUCUUCCUGUUGUGGAGUUCUGGCAGCGCCGGGUUUUGAAAAUCUCUAGUGGUAUCGAGGAGGUGGGCAGUCUGAGGUGGGAGCUGGUCUUGUGUCUAAUCCUGACCUGGGUCAUUUGCUAUUUCUGCGUUUGGAAGGGCAUCAAGUCCACAGGAAAGGCUGCCUUCUUCACAGCCACCUUCCCCUUCAUUAUGCUGUUGGUUUUGCUCAUACGUGGCGUUACCCUACCGGGGGCAAUUGAUGGGAUCAUUUACUACCUCUACCCUGAUAUCUCUCGCCUGUCAGAUCCCCAGGUGUGGAUGGAUGCUGGUACUCAGAUCUUCUUUUCUUAUGCCAUUGGCCUUGGGUUCCUAACUUCUCUUGGGAGUUACAACACUUACAACAAUGACUGUUACAGGGACUGUUUCUACCUGUGUCUGCUGAACAGUGCAACCAGCAUCGUGGCAGGCUUCGCCAUUUUCUCUGUUUUGGGUUUCAUGACAUACGAACAAGGAGUGGAUAUAUCUGAGGUGGCAGAAUCCGGCCCAGGGUUGGCUUUCAUUGUCUACCCACGAGCAGUAGCCAUGAUGCCCGUACCUCAGGUGUGGUCAGUGUGUUUCUUCAUCAUGAUCAUUCUGCUUGGACUGGAUAGUCAGUUUGUUGGUCUGGAGUGCUUGAUGACAUCACUGGUUGACCUGUUCCCAACUUACCUGCGUCAAGGCUACAGACGUGAGCUGCUUCUGCUGGCUAUAUGCUGUACCUGCUGUUUGCUGGGACUCUCACUGGUCACUGAGGGUGGGAUGUACCUGCUCCAGCUGUUGGAUCAUCAUGUCUGCAGUGGCACCACCCUGCUCCUCCUCUCCUUAUGUCAGUCGGUCAGCAUUGGCUGGGUCUAUGGUCCUGACCGUUUCUAUGACAACAUCACAGACAUGAUUGGUUAUCGUCCAUACCCAUUCAUGAAAUACUGCUGGCGCUACACUACCCCCCUCUUCUGUUUUGGCACCUUCAUCUUCUCUAUUGUCAAAUACUCCCCACUGAAGUUCAGUAACAGUUACGUUUAUCCACUCUGGGCCAACAUCUUGGGCUGGUUCAUUGCCACGGUCUCCCUCUCGCUCAUCCCACUUUUUGUGUUUCAUAAAAUGAUGCAGGGAAAAGGCACUCUUCGACAGCGUUUCUUGUUGCUCUGUCAGCCUGUGGACGACCUCCCCUUGGAUCAGAAAUGCCCUCCUGCACUGGGAACCAAUGGCACCACUGCCCACACAGAGCUCAAACCUUUAUCCCACACUGGGGAAGAAACACAGUGAGCACAGUCAGAUUGGUCAGCUGGGAGGUGUACUGUGCAUUUGUGUGUGGUCUUGUGGGCUCAUAUUCAUCACAUUAAGAGUCAGACAUGAGAAUGCUCCAAAAAGAGACAAUGAAGGAGUAAAGAAAUGAUAUUGGUUCCUCUUGAGUAUUGUAAAGUAAUUCCAAAACAUGUCUCUUAGUGUGCUUUCUUGCCUCUGAAUCUUCUGGAGUUCCCUUAAAGACUUAUUUUUAUACAAAUCUGACAAACAGCUUUAAUUUUUAAGUUUUUGAGUAGGUGCAAAGGUGAAGGAUUUUUACUUUGAACUUUUUUUUAUUUUUUAUCAAUCUUUAAUUAAUUCCAAAAUUUUACUUUAACCAGUUAUAAUAUGAGCUCUGGACUCAUUGCCACAGGUGGUUUAACUUUUUCUUUUAAAAAAUAUUAUUUUGCAGGGAUAAUGAAAUUGUCUCAUAUUGUUGUGCAGCUGUAUAUCAUCAUCAUUUAAAGUGUACACAUGCUAAUAUUACGAAGGUCAGUUUGCUAAUCACUGACGUGUUUUUUUGAAUGACUUUCCUCUUCUUUGCUACAUCUAAAAGGAACGUUUAAAAAAAAAAAAACACUAAUGGGCCUUACGGCACAGUGUCCGUUUUCAUUCUUUGAUGACGUCUAUGAGGAAAGGGUGCACAGAGUGCAUCACAGACUAUCCCAGGAUAGUGUCCCUUCUCCUUCCAACUUGCUCUCCAUUCUUCAACCAUGUUGAUUUAUUCUUUUCCCGUUGCCACAUUAUCAGAUGCCCCUCUUGGGCACAAUGAAUGCUGGAUGUCUGGACACAAGUGCAGACGAAAUUCAUGAGAGGACACAAGGUGUGAUGUUGAUGAGAACUUGUGGCCAAAUGCAGAAGACAGGAUUGGCUAACCCUGUUGUAUCUCUAUUUAUGCAACCUUCCUCUACAAGUUUGUUAAUGUGUAUAGUUUUAUAUUGUAAUUACUUUGAUGUUGGUGCCUUUGUCCAAUUACUCAAAUAAUGGCUGAAAAUAAAGCCUGUUGGAGCAUAUUGCAGCAGUUCUGAUCCAUAACUGUGAUAUACUGUAUAUCGUGACAAAGCAAAUUCCAUGCAAUAAAGAAGUGACCUUGUUGU